AUGGCAGGUGGCGGCAAAGACUAUCGUCUUCCAAAUGUUGGCACAUCGAACAACGUUACCGGAAGGCAGAACACGAAGAAAGCAAUCAAGCAGACCAUGGAAUGUAGUGUCGUGGCUUCCGCUACAACGAGAACUGUCGCCAACAAGUACCAUAUGCUAUCUCACCAGCAUCAGCACGAACCAACCCAGCAUCAUCAUCUGCAACCGCAGCAACAGCCUCCGCAACAUUACCAUCAACAUCAGUCGCAGCAGCAGCAACAUAAAUAUAAUUUGUCUUCCUCCUAUCAGCCAUCAUCCUCCUCAGGCGUCGGUGGUCCACCGAUAUCAAUGACAACCGGUCCCACGAUCCCCGGAGGCGGCGGAAUUCGCGGCGGUAGACCACGUGCCAUGUCCAUCCAAUCACUCCAUCAUGCCUCCUCCACAUUGCAAAAUGGUGCCGGUGUCAGUAGCAAGUAUCUGCCACCGAACAACGCACAUCAACCGCGCUACCAUCACGAUCCAUCAACCCUAGAAUAUGGAAGUAACAUGCCGUACGGAAUGCCCGGCAGCCGACGGAUGUCCCUGGACAGUCAGCACGGCGGCCAUCUGGACAACCUAUCCGUGAUGGGGAAUGCCAUUGCACCGGAACUCAAACCCAAAGUACCAACCAUGAGCGAGCGGGAUCUCACCAGGAGGCACCACCCCUGCUACACCCGCAAUCAACCGUACUUUUCCUAAAAUAAAUUGUAAAAGAAAAAUUUGUUUUAGUACCGUUGAAUAAGUGCAUUUGAUGUCAUCGGAAAGAAUUGUAAACAAUACUAUUCACUCUGCUACACGCAAUCAUGCAAACACCUUAUAAAACAAAAUUAGACCAAUGGCUAGCGAAAAGAAAGAGAACGUGAUCCGUUCGAUUUACAUUUAUAUAUUAGUACGUAGUCUAUAGGAUAAGGACAAAAAAAUCCCGUUCGUUCAUUGUUGUGUUAAAAUGUUUCAUUCCCCAGAAUAUUUCGGCGGUUAGUCCCCCAGGUUUAUCGAAAAAUUGACUCCCUCUGAAAAAAGUUAGAGCUUUGUUACAAUUCGGUUGCAUUUAAUCCGCUAAACGUAGCGGAUCCUAUUGAAGUAUUAUUCCAGCAUUUAAUA